CUUCUCACUCUCACUCUUUCUCCAACCACUCUUUCCUCAUUGUAAUUUUCGACGCCAAUUUCACCUAAAUUCCUUUUCUUUUUCUUUCUUGCCUCCAUUUUUAACCUCUUUCUCUCUUUUACAUUUUCUAACCAAAAUUCCCAAAUGAAUUCCGACAAUGGAGUACAUUUCACAGACCCCAACCUCUACUUCGCCGCCGCCGCAACCGCCGCCGCCGCAACCGCCGCCGCCGAUCUAUUUCCAAGAAUCGAACCCAAGCUUGAGCCCUUGGACGAACCUCCAUCGCCGCCGCCGCCGUCGUCAGGGAACCCUAACUCCAGCUCCGACGUCGAUUUAUUGUCCGAUUACGGCAACCUUUCCGAUCUCUGCCGCUCCAACUUCGCCCAACGCCUGCAGAAGUACGGCGACAUCGCGGUCCUCCCCGAUUCCGAUCCCGAUUCUCGCGCUAUAGUCCCCGUCCCCGACCCCCACGCGCCUGAAACCUCGUUAAUCGCCCCGCGCGGCCGCGGCGGCGGCCGCAAGUACACUCAGCGGUCGGGAGAGCUCGUCCGCGUGACGGAUCUCAAACCAGAGGACGACCGCUACUACCGCGACUCCGUCCGGAAGACGCGUAUGCUCUUCGAUUCCCUCCGCGUCUUCUAUGUCUGGGAGGACGACAACCACCGCGACGCCGCUGCAGCAGCGCCAGUGUUGUCUCCCCUAGCCCAACCUCCCCGCCGCACGCGGGGCGAUUUGCGUGCGGCCUCCAUCUUGCGGCAAACCGGCCUCUGGAUGUACCGCGAGAAACGAAUCGUCGGCGACAUCCCCGGUGUCUCCGUCGGUGACGUUUUCUUUUUCCGAAUCGAAUUGUGCGUCGUCGGAUUGCACGGCCAGCUUCAAGCCGGAAUUGAUUACGUUCCGGCUAGUUUAAGCUCUACUCGCGAGCCGAUCGCUACCAGCAUUAUCGUCUCUGGCGGCUACGAAGAUGACGAAGACUCCGGUGAAGUUAUAAUCUACACCGGCCAUGGCGGUCAGGAUGCGAAAGGCCGGCAGGUAGUCGACCAGAAAUUGGAGAGCGGCAAUUUAGGGCUGGAAAGAAGUAUGCAUUACGGCGUCGAGAUUCGAGUGAUUCGAGGAUUUAAAUAUCAAGGCAGCGUUAGCGGCCGGAUCUAUGUAUACGAUGGAUUGUAUAGAGUUGCGCAGACUUGGCUCGAUUUAGGAAAAUCGGGAUUUGGUGUAUACAAGUUUAAGCUUGAGAGGAUCGAGAAUCAGCUCGAAAUGGGGAGUGUCGUGAUGAAAUUCGCCGAGAAAUUAAGAUCUCGGCCGAUUGAAUUAAGGCCCAUAGGCUAUAUAUCAUUGGAUUUAUCGUGCGGAAAAGAAAAUAUGCCGAUAUUUGUAUUCAACGACAUUGAUGAAGAUCGCGGCCCUCUUGAUUAUGAAUAUCUCCCGGCUGCCUUAUUUCCCCCUAAUGUGUAUGCUAGUCCGGGUGGUGGCUGCGAGUGUGUCGGGGGUUGCUUUAGUAAUUGCUCGUGUAUAGCGAGAAACGGAGGUAGUCCACCUUACGAUGCGAAUGGAAUACUUUUGAGAGGGAAACCGUUGAUAUUUGAGUGCGGGCCGCAUUGUCGUUGUCCUCCUACUUGUAGGAAUCGGGUGACGCAGAAAGGGAUUAGAUAUCGUUUUGAGGUAUUUAGGUCGAGAGAGACCGGGUGGGGUGUAAGAUCGCUGAAUUUGAUCCCGGCCGGAUCAUUUAUUUGCGAGUAUUCCGGAGUGGUUCUAACGCAGGACAAAGUUCAAAUACUGAUAAUGAACGGAGAUAGUUUCGUUCAUCCCGGCCGGUUUUCGCAUCGGUGGAAAGAGUGGGGCGAUUUGUCCGAUGUGUUUGAUGACUAUAUUUAUCCGUCGUUUCCAUUGGCUCCUCCGCUGGAUUUUGCCUUGGAUGUGGCGAAAUUGAGGAAUGUAGCUUGCUACAUUAGCCAAAGUUCGAGCCCCAACGUUUUCGGGCAGCUCGUGCUUUACGACCACAACAACGUGUAUUUCCCCCGGCUUAUGCUCUUUGCUUUGGAGAAUAUCCCACCUAUGCGCGAAAUUAGCCUUGACUACGGCGUGGAUGAUGGCGUGGAUGAUGAAUGUAUGGGGAAGCUUGCUAUAUGUUCUUAGAGUAUCGUAUCGCGAUAAUUUUCGCUGCGCCGAAGGUAUAAUCUCUUCUUCUUUGUCGAUUUUCGUUAUGUUGUUCUUGUUGAAAUGGUUAUGUGUAUAUAGGAACUUCCUUCUUUCUCUUGGGUGUUGUAUUUUGGUGUGGAUUUGUGUCUUCACCUUGAGUAUGAAGAAGUCCUUAGUAAUUUAAGAAACUUUAGCAUUGGCAUGAAGAUGAAGAUGGAGAUGAAGAUGAAGUUUAUGAUGUGUUGUUUUCAAAGAAUUGGAACCAAAAAUGUCGAAAUGGAAAGGAUUUCAAACGUUUGCCAUUUUGGAUAGCCUAGCCCAUGUUUGGUGGUUCUACUCAGUUUCGGGAAUAGUAAAAAUUUGAAUUUGAAUUUGGGAUCCAUUUGCUUGUGUUUUGAUUGAUGGUUUUAUGGGGGCUUUGUGCUAUUUGUGCUUGUGCUUUGGUUUUGGGAUGGAAUAGCUAUUUGGAUUUGAUGUUUUGUAUA